CACCACACGACUAAAUUAGACCAAAGAUGAUAUGAGUACAACGCAUGAUAAUUCCGGCGGGCUCCUCCUCCUUCCAGCCAUGCAUCCUAAUUAAUGGGACACCCACCCAACCCCCCCAGUCGCAAAAAGCUCUGCGCUGGACUGCAACAUAGUCAAAGAGUGAAAGGGAAGAGGGCGAAAGUGCCACUGGAAAUAAUUGAUUAGCUACCAGUCAGUGAUAACUUGUUAGUAAUCGUCAAGUGUUUGGAGCUCGCCAUUUUCAGGCAGGCUUUUCGCCGCACCGGACUCCGGAGGCGCACUUUGAAGGCAUCCCGUUUUGGAAUAAGAUUGUCCACCUCCAAUCUUCCUCUGUUAUGUGACUUCUUGCACCCUUCUCCCUUGUAUAGUCUCACUCGUUUUAAGAGCUGAUUUUCCCCACCCCGACCGAGCCCAACUCACCACCAGUGAUGACAUCCAAAGAAGUGGCCAAAUGUGAUGCGGGGGAAAACAGGAGGAGAAGCCCGUUGGACCACUUGCCACCCCCCGCCAACUCCAAUAAGCCGCUGACCCCCUUCAGCAUCGAGGACAUCCUCAACAAGCCGUCCGUGAAGCGAAGUUACACCAUUUGUGGCACGGCUCAUCUCAUCUCGACCAGCGAGAAGCACCGCGCCUCCAGCCUGCCUCUGGCCAGCCGUGCGCUGCUCACCCAAACCUCGCCGCUGUGCGCCCUGGAGGAGCUGGCCAGCAAAACCUUCAAGGGGCUGGAAGUCAGCGUGCUUCAGGCGGCAGAAGGCCGGGACGGCAUGACCCUAUUCGGCCAGAGAACCACGCCGAAGAAGCGCCGGAAGUCCCGCACGGCCUUCACCAACCAUCAAAUCUACGAGCUGGAGAAGCGCUUUCUGUACCAGAAAUACUUGUCCCCGGCCGACCGGGACCAGAUCGCCCAACAGCUCGGCCUGACCAACGCGCAAGUCAUCACGUGGUUUCAGAACCGCAGAGCCAAGCUAAAGCGGGACCUGGAGGAGAUGAAAGCGGACGUGGAGUCGGCUAAGGCCGUCGGCCAAGUCCCCUUGGACAAGCUGGCCAAACUGGCCGACCUGGAGAAAUGCGCCAACGGCACGCUGGGCCAUCCGCGAGUCGACUCCCCCACGCGGGGAAGCCAGCAGGAGCACGAUCUCGGCCAGAAAGUGACGAGGUCCCCGCUGUCGCCUUUCUCAGACCACACAACGAGCAAAGAGUGCUCGGAGGACGAGGACGUGGAGAUUGACGUGGAUGACUGAUGGUGCGGCGCUGCAGCGCGGGAGUGCCAAAAACAAUUCAUCAAGAAAAAAGACGAUGGACACAAACAGCGUCGAGGAUUUACUUGUAUAACGUACUGCUUAUAUUGUGUACCACUUUUCUGAACAUGUACCAAAAUGUAAUUAUACUUUUGUAUGGGCGCAUAUAAGCAUGGAUACACAACAAAAAGAAAUAUGCAGUUGUAAUUUACGAUGUAACAGUCUUUGCAAUCAGAGCAAUAUGGUCAAAAAUGACACGUGUAAAUUAUUAUUAUUAUUAUUAUUAUUAUUAUUAUUAUUAUUAUUAUAACUGUUUCCCCACCACCAACAUACAUACACAGGCGCACGCGCACACCUGUUUGUUACAUUAUUUUUCAGAGGUCCUCACCCAAUUAUGUUUUGCAUGCAAAUGCGUGAUUUGAUUUGUGAUUCCGAUUCUAUUUAUUUUACGUUGGUUUAUUUUUAAUUUAAACCUUUUGUUUUGUGAGCCAGUGCAGGCUCGCCUCCUCUUUUCACCUUGUGCCGCAGUGCAUGAAGACUGGGUCUUUUUUCCUACGAUGAUGCAUUUUAUUUGCUGGCUAAAAAAACGACUUUUUAUUGCGGUGAAUUUAAGGCUUUUGGGGGGGUGGGAUUAGUUUGUUUGGAUACCGUUUGUUAUGAUUUGAACACCUGUAAGUGCCUUUCUAAAAUUCAGGAUUUGAAACCCAAUUAAUGCACAGACUGCAAUGUAUAUAUAGGCAACAAUGGGAAUAAAAUGGCUUUUUUUCCUGAAUAUUU